AUGGCUGAGAACGAGUCUCCCGCAAGGGAACCUUCCGCCCGUGGACGUGGCCGCGGUGGAAGAGGUCGUGGCGGUCGAGGUAGAGGUGGUGGCAGAGGUGGCUCUACUGCUGCUCUUACCAAGGCGGCUACAGCAAAAGCUGGCCGUGGCGGUUCACGAAGAGGGCGAGCAAAGAACUUCACGGAUUCGCGUGUCCAAGCUGCUUAUGAGCGUCAACGGCACCUCAAGGCCAACUAUCAAGCUGUUGCUCUCGCUCUAAGACCCGCCCUGCAAGAACUUGCUGAGCGCACUAUCGAUGAUGCUCUUCGAAACCCUGACAAGCAUAAACAUGCCCAAGAGUUUCUACCUGUCAUGCAACAGCUCCAAGACAUUCUCGACGCCAAACUCGCCGAGCAUCAGCGUCGUCUCGAGAAGGACCUCGAGCUGGCUCAGCACUUGCAUAAUGCCCACAAUUACGUCGCCAACCAAGAGUUUGAGAACGGUAUCGAGGAGAUCAUUGAACAGUUCUACGAAGGACAGGAGAAUCGUGCUCGAAUUCUCAACUCAUUGUAUGACAAGGACCUUCCUGUUGAUGUCGUUGAUGAUCAGUACGAGUACAAGACCAUCACUGAUGAACAGCUGGACGAAGAAUUCGGAAACUAUGAGUGCUACCACGAGGGCAAUCUGGUUCCUUAUCCUUCUCGUGUUCCAGGCACUGCCAUGUGGCAAAGGGGACGCGACAACGAAGCGGCUGCUACCGCUGCUGUCACUGCGGCUGCGGCUGCGCCAGUCAAGGGCCGCGGCCGAGGUCGUGGUGUCAAUAAGCGCCGAGCUCAAGAGCAACCUGAUGGUCAACCCACACCUAAGAAGAACACCAGAAGUAAUGCUGAAGAUGCCGCCGCCGACUCUCCCUCACAUACUGCCCCUGCUCCGGCAAAGGGCCUUCUUGCUUCAGCUGCCGAAGCUGAGGCAACGCCUGCGGGCACGCCAGCUGAGUCAGAUUCAACACCGGCUUCCCCAGAACCUCCCGCUUUCCCUAACGGCGGUAUGGUACCCGCUGCAGUUGCUCGGGUUCAAAACACCAAGCUAUCCGCUCGUGAGAGGAGUCCCCCAUUGCCAAAGAACAUGGGCGAGCCAGAUGAGUUCGGUUUCAGAAUGUACAACCAAAAGCCAGCUAUGCGAGAGAAGGGCAUUAAUAGCCGCCUUUUUGUGCCUCGUCCAUUUGAAUUUGAGGGCUGGGAAAUUGGCUUCAGAGACACCAUGAAUGACUCCAGCAAGGGUCAUACCCAUGCAAAGCGUGGCAAGUAUCUUGACACCCCCAACAGCAACGGCUUGCACAUCGACCACUAUUGCAAUGGCUACGACUACUCAGCCACAACUCCCAGUGACUUUGACAAGGCGCUCGUUAAGCGCUAUGGCGUGCAUCCUAGGUACGGUAUCAUCCUGCGAAACGGGCCUGUUCCUGAGGCCGUUAAGACUCCUCAUGUCAUGCCAGGAAAGCCUGUUGUGUUUAUCGCAAACCCUUCGGGCCGAAUCUCACAUGCCUCGCGCUCUUUUCUCAAGACCACUAACCACCGCCGCUCGGAGGAUAACCCAUAUCGUAGCAAGAUUGGGGCUUCGAUGAGACGGUUUUGCAAACUUGACGAAGUCGACUUUGAUGAGAUAUCCGUUGCUGAGUAUGUCCGUUCCGAAGAAGAGCUGCGAAGCAAAUCUCUCGGCACUGCUAUGAGGGAGCUCGAGGCUCGACCUGUUGUCAGCCGAGCGCCAUCCGAGUCGGAGGAGUCAGAGGCCGAAGAACAAGAUGCUGAAGAAGAGGACGCCACGGUUCCUCAGCCUAAAGCCGGGUUCAGCGACCUUUCUGUUCUCGCCCUUGCCAGUGCUUUCCUUGAGGCUGAGGAGUCGAAUAAGAUUCCAAAACCUGCCCCCAAGCCGGCCCGUUACGACGCGAUCCGGGAUGUCUUUACUGACUCGAAGCCUGCGCCUGCCCCCAAACCGGACACCAGCUCCAGCGUUGGCCUUGACAUCCUGGCUGCCUUGAGCAACAUUGCGAGCACCUCCAACGAGCCCGCGCCCAUGCAAGAGGUCGCUCGAGCUUACGAUGCUGCUAUGGUACCUGAGCAGGCUGUUAGUUACGAACAAGCCCCAGUGUAUGAGGCUCCCCCUGUGUACGAGCCCAUUGGCGUUCAGGAGCAGCAAAUGUACCGGGACGUUCCUGUGAAUGGCAUGGGCCCCGCCCCUAUUGCUCAUGGAAUGUAUGAACAUGACCCCCGAGGCUCAGUUUCCAUGACAAAUGAGCUGCCACCCACUACCCCAGGACAGACUCAUAUCGAUCCUCGAUACAAUUCUAACCCUGUCGAGGUCCCUCAAGGAUACAUGCACCAACCCCGCGCACAGCUACCCAUGCAACCAAGCGGCCCUGUGCAUGGCCAUCAUGGAGAGGCCAUGCCCUAUCCACCUAUUCAUGAACACGCCGUGUCACAACAUUCGUCAGUACGACAUUCAGAUUAUCCCCCUCCACCUCCUUCCCAGGGCCCUCCACCAAUUCAGGACCAGGGGGGAUACCUGUCACAUAGUAGCUACCAGAACCCAGAUCACCGUGAUGCUCACAUGGCCGCCGGCCGUCCUGUCGACCCAGGAUACUCUCCGCGCCGUAUGAGUGGCUACGCCACCGAAGUCCCAAGCUACUCUCGUGCGUACUGGUCGCAGCCCCCUCUGCCAGGCCCGCCUCCCGGACCUGCAGUUGCACCUCCCGGACCACCGGGACCGGCCCCAGGCUCCGUGCCACCUCGCUAUUCAUCUCCAGCUCCCCCUUCUGCACGCAUUCCUUUUUCUCAUAACGGGAGUGCCGAGCCUCUACCACCUUUACGACCUUCGCGAGGACGCAACCAGUCCCUUCAGGACGAGAACCUUCUGGAACCUAGCUUACGGUCCUCCGGUUCUUACUACCCCCCCGGCCCUCCUCGCCACUAUCACCGAGGCUAUCCUGGCCCCGAGCCACAUGGACAACCGCCGUUGCAGCCUAUUGCAACAGACAGAAUUCUGCCUAACCCGCAGACUUCUGGGCAAGGCUAUAUGACCUCGCCUCAUUCAGGCUUUGCUCAUCAAGUACUUUCUCCAACGUAUGCGAACCCCCCUCCUAUGCCUCCGCACAUGGCUCAAAGCCCCCAAGACAAUCCCCAGGGUCCUCCCAACUCGAUUCAUCAUCAUCGAUCUACCCCUUCAGGGUCAUCUGAUGCCGGCAACAAGUACCGAAAACUUCAGCCCGCCCCUGUUCCCGCGCAUCGAGCGUGGCGGGACAAGGUCGAGCUCAAGACCAUCCCUUACGACCACAAAGAGACUGGAUCUGCCGCCGCACUACCCAGUUCUGGUCCAACCCAGAUCAGAGGUUGGAGUAAUGGUGAUGACUCUUCUUCAAAGGCAUGUGGGAAAUCUGGGUCGAUACCGGCCUUCAAGUCAGUCCGGUUUACUGAGCCUCUCGUCGGGGCCCCAUCUACUGCUACUGGCCAGAGAUCGAACAAGCGUAAGCAGCCGGAUUCACCACCCGACGGAGACAUUGUGGAGCUCCAUUCUCCAAAGAAAUCUGUCAAGGACGUUGAGGUGGCGAUGAUUGAGCAAUAUGAUAACCCGCAUAAGCGACGACUGCGUCCUAGAAAACCCAAGGCUACCGAGGCAAAACCCACUUCAUCGAUAGUCGAGCCAGCAAAGAAGAAAUCGAAAGUAGCCCCUUCACGCAAACGCAAAGCUACCGAUACUCCCAAGACAGAACCUGCAACUGGAGUCAAGAGAAUCAAGAUCAUCCUAUCUGGCACUUCGAGGAACGCGAACGCUCAAGCUGCAACCCCUACUAUUGCCAAAGAUGACAAGCCCACAACCAAUAAAGAACGCCCUGUCAAGGACGAAUCUUCUGAUGAUGUCCACACCAUAAAGAGUCAGCGAGCAGUCAUCACCAUUGACAGCACUGACGAGAGUUCACCAUAA